CACCGAGCCUCAUAGCCAAGCGCUGGCUAAAGCUGGAGAAGGUCCCGGCGCCUGGAACACACCAUGCCCAAGUGGAACGUCCGACGUCCCGGCCGCUUGCUAGGACUGCUGCUGCUGGUGAUCUUGAGCUUCCUGGUGCUCCGCAGGUUGAACUGGAGCAGCCUGGCCCCCUCAUGGCUGAGACACCGGCAGUUGGGGCUGCAGGCCAAGGACCAGAACUUCAUGCUGGAGGACUCGGCCUUCUGGAUCUUCGGGGGCUCUGUCCAUUACUUCCGAGUGCCCAGGGCAUAUUGGAGGGACCGGCUGCUGAAGAUGAAGGCCUGCGGUCUGAACACCCUGACCACCUACGUUCCCUGGAACCUCCACGAGCCAGAAAGAGGCAAAUUUGACUUCUCUGGGAACCUGGACAUGGAGGCCUUCAUCCUGCUGGCUGCAGAGGUUGGGUUGUGGGUGAUCCUUCGUCCGGGCCCCUACAUCUGCAGUGAGAUUGACCUCGGGGGCCUGCCCAGCUGGCUUCUCCAAGACUCCAGCAUGAAGCUGAGGACAACUUACGAGGGCUUCACGAAAGCAGUGGACCUUUAUUUUGACCACCUGAUGGCCAGGGUGGUGCCACUCCAGUACAAGAAUGGAGGACCCAUCAUUGCUGUGCAGGUGGAGAAUGAGUACGGCUCCUAUAACAAAGACCCUGCCUACAUGCCUUAUAUCAAGAAAGCCUUGGAGGACCGGGGUAUUGUGGAGCUGCUCUUGACCUCAGACAACGAGGAUGGCCUGAGCAAGGGCACGGUGGAUGGAGUGCUGGCCACCAUCAACUUACAGUCACAAAAUGAGCUGCGCUUGUUACACAACUUUCUCCAGAGUGUCCAGGGCGUCCGGCCCAAGAUGGUGAUGGAGUACUGGACGGGCUGGUUUGACUCAUGGGGCGGCCCCCACCACAUCCUGGAUACCUCAGAAGUGUUGAGGACAGUGUCUGCCAUCAUUGACGCUGGUGCCUCCAUCAACCUCUACAUGUUUCACGGGGGCACCAACUUUGGCUUCAUCAACGGAGCCAUGCACUUUCAGGACUACAUGUCUGACGUCACCAGCUAUGACUACGACGCGGUGCUGACAGAGGCCGGGGACUACACCCCAAAGUACAUCAGGCUCCGGGAACUCUUUGGCUCCAUCUCAGGUGCCUCUCUCCCUCUCCCACCUGACCUUCUUCCAAAGGUUAGGUAUGAACCAGUGGUGCCAGCUUUCUACCUGUCCCUGUGGGAUGCCCUGCCCUACAUAAAGGAGCCAGUCACCUCAGAGAAGCCGGUCAACAUGGAGAACCUCCCAAUAAAUGAUGGGAAUGGGCAGUCCUUUGGGUACACGUUAUAUGAGACCACCAUCACCUCCUCUGGCAUCCUCAGUGCCCUUGUGCGUGACCGGGGACAGGUGUUCCUGAACACGGAGACCAUAGGGUUCCUGGACUAUAAAACCAAGAAGAUCCCCAUCCCUUUGAUCCAGGGGUUCACGAUACUGAGAAUUUUGGUGGAGAAUUGUGGGCGAGUCAACUAUGGGGAGAACAUCGACAACCAGCGCAAAGGUCUCAUUGGAGAUAUCUAUCUGAAUGAUACUCCCCUGAAAAAGUUCAAGAUCUACAGCCUGGAUAUGAAGAAGAGCUUUUUUCAGAGGUUCACUGCGGAGAAAUGGCACCCUGUGCCUGGGGUGCCUACGUUGCCUGCCUUCUUCUUGGGGGCUUUGUCAGUCACCAGCUUUCCCUAUGACACCUUUGUGAAGUUAGAGGGCUGGGAGAAGGGGGUUGUGUUUGUCAACGGCUAUAACCUUGGACGCUACUGGAAUAUUGGGCCCCAGGAGACCCUCUACCUCCCAGGGGUCUGGUUGAACCAAGGCAUCAACCAGGUCAUUGUCUUUGAGGAGAUGAUGCAGGGCCCAGUGAUCCAGUUCAUGGAAAUGCCCUACCUGGGCCGGCAGCAGUACGUGGAAUGAGCAGCUCCAGACCUGCUGGCAGAGCAGCAUCAGAUGGCUCCUCUUCUCCCUUGCUCCCCUGCCAUCUGGGUGCUGCUGUCUCCCACUUCCUGUUUGGAGUGUCCCUCAGGCUCGGCCCUGUCCCGGCUGCAGUUCAGACCUUCACCCUGCUGAACCCAAGAAGAGGGAAGGACCCGCUCUUCCCUGAAGAGUUUCCUGACUGCUCUGUAGCUGUUGCCUUCUGAUUUCCCUGCUCCCUUGGGGGCAGCAGGGGGGGGGGGGGGAGAGGGUCUCUGGGUGGGACUGAUAACACCCAGGGCUUGGGAGAGGCCCUGCCGAGUGGGGCACGACUCUGGGACCCAGUUUGCUCUAUGAAUAUCCCCCUGGACCAGCCAUGCGCCUCAUCCCUGUGGCCCCCAUUUCUGAGCUGGCAGGCAUGUCAACCAUUUGUGGAGGAUGGGGCACCUGAGCUGGCGAGUUCCUUGGUCACAGUGCCCAGUCCUUCUCUGCAAUUCUGCAAGUCCACUGGAGGGACUCCAGCCCCCUUUCAUUCCCACUCUGAUGGUAUCUGACAGUCAGAAAUAUUCAGCACCUGUCUUCUGAGUUAGAGUAUUUCCAGCCUCACUCCAAGAGAAGCAGCAUCAGCUAAGGAGGAAAGGGAGUUGUUCUGAGAGGGUUCAGGAGGAUGAGGGCAGAAGGCACAGCUGCGGGGACGUUGGCAGGAAUGUUGUGGUUCCAGGGCCCCAGCCCUGGGGCAGGUGACAGGGGAGGGGCGUCCUUCCUUCCCAGUUGUCCAUCCAGACCUCAGGCUGGUCCAGGGAUUGAGUCCCGUGUUUUGGCUCAGGUCUGCUCCUCUGCAUUGCAAUAAAGCAACGGAGUUGAAUUGGA